AUGAAACAAUGUCUUAAUGAUAAUCAAUUAUUACCAGCUUUAAAACAUUGUUCAAAUUUCUUAAAUGAAUUAAGAACCAAUUCAUUAUCACCAAAACAAUAUUAUGAGAUUUAUAUGAUGGUAUUUGAUUCACUUGAAACUUUAUCCAGUUAUUUAAUCAGUAGUCAUAAUUCAAAACAAACUAAAUUAGAAAAACAACGUGCUGGUGAUAAAGAUGUUCAAAGUCCAUUUUUGGCUGAUUUAUAUGAAAUUGUUCAAUAUUCUGGUAAUAUUAUUCCAAGAUUAUAUAUGAUGAUUGUGAUAGGUACGACCUAUAUGUCAACCAAGGAUGCACCUAAGAAGGAGAUUAUGAAAGAUAUGAUUGAAAUGUGUCAUGGUGUACAACAUCCAAUUAGAGGAUUGUUUUUGAGAUAUUAUUUAUCACAAAGGAUAAAGAAUUUAUUACCAUUUUCAAAUAAUGUUGAUUUUAAUGAAACUAUUCAAUUUUUGAUUAAUAAUUUUAUUGAAAUGAAUAAAUUAUGGGUUAGAUUACAACAUCAAGGACAUUCACUGGAACGAGAAUUAAGAUAUAAAGAAAGAAAAGAAUUGAAGAUAUUGGUGGGAUCUAAUUUAGUUAGAUUAUCACAAAUUAUUGAUGAUUAUACUGGAGAUGUUGAUUAUUCUGCUAUUAAAUUUUAUCAAGAACGGGUGUUCCCCACAAUUACUGAACAAAUUAUUCAAUGUCGUGAUCAUUUAGCUCAAAGUUAUUUAAUUGAUGUUUUAUUACAAAUAUUCCCAAAUGAUUUUCAUUUUGCUACUUUAGAUAAAUUAUUAAAUGAAAUUUUUAUAAAUCUUCAUCCAAUGUUGAAAAGAAGUGAAUUGGUAAAUACUUUAAUUGAAAGAUUUGUUUCAUAUAAGAAAUUUACUAGUGAUGUAUCUAAUUUAUCAAUUGAAGAACAAUCUCAACAACAACAACAAGAAGAAGAUAUUGAUAUCAAUAAACUAUUUGGUUCAUUUUGGUCAUUUUAUUUAAAAGUAUGUGAAUUAGAUCCUGAAUUACCCUUGGAAGAACAUACAACACUUUUGGAAUCAUUAAUAAAUCUUUCAUUAACAUUUGAUCCUGAGAAUUAUUCUAAUUUAGAUAUUAUUUAUAAAUAUUCCGCAGAAAAAGUAUCAAACAAUAAGUCAGGAAAUGAAGAAGAAGAAAUGUGGAUGCAGUUAUUAAUUGUUCCAAUUAAUCAUUUUAAAUCUAUUAAAACAUUAUUUAAAUUAGAAUUUUUUUAUGAAUUUUAUUCAAAAUUAUCAAAUAUUGGUUUACAAAAACAAAUAUCUUUAGCUAUUGUUGAUAAGAUAUUAUCACUUAUUGAAGAAAAUGAUAAUGAACCUGAUUAUCUUGUUGAUGUGAGUGAAAUCGAUGGGAUAUUUAAAUAUCUUUUAGUAUUAAUUAAAGAUUCACUGGGACAAUUAAACACGGCAAAGAAUUUGGGAAUUACUAAGACUAUUAAGAUUAAUAAUAAUGAAAAGACAUUAACACCAGAAUUUCUUGAAAUUCAAGAAAAGAUAUGUAAAAUACUUCAACUAGUUGAAAUUUCCCAUGAUCCAUUGAAAAAUAUUUCAAAUUUAAUGUAUAUUAGAAAGAAAUAUUUAAAUAAAAGUUUUGAAAAUAUUAUAUAUACUUAUCCAACAUUAAUUUCCAGAAUUUUAUAUAAAUUGAAAUUAAUUGGCUAUGUUAAUUUACAACAACAACAAAAGAAGAACAACAACAACAAACAAAACAAGAAUAAUAAUUUAGAUUUAUUAAUCACAUCAAAUUUCAAAAACUUAUCAGUAAUUAUCGAUGAAUUAUAUCAAUAUCAUCAAGAUUAUUCCGCAGAAUUAAUUCUCAAUAUCUAUUUAAACAUGGCAUCAAUAGCUGAUCAACUCAAACAAGAAUCAAUCUCCUACGAAUUAUUCACCCAAUGUUUUGUAGUCUAUGAAGAAAACCUAAUCCUAAAUGUCCAUUCCAAUAAGCAUCAACAUAUCCACCAUAUCAAUCCCCAUGAUCCAUUUGAAGCUGGAUCUCUGGCAUAUUCAUCAAUUUUGGCCAUAGCUAAUACUUUGAAUAAGACGAGAUAUUUUAAUAAAGCGAAUUAUGAAAAUUUGAUUACGAAAUUGACAUUAUAUGGAUCUAAAUUGUUGAAGAAACAAGAUCAAUGUCGUUCGGUGUAUUAUUGUGCUCAUUUAUGGUGGUGGUGUGAGACUUUGUUAGAGCCGGGAGAAGUUUCACCUACUGUUGNUGCUCAUUUAUGGUGGUGGUGUGAGACUUUGUUAGAGCCGGGAGAAGUUUCACCUACUGUUGCUAAACCAAAGAAAGAAAAGGAAACAAAGGCUGAAGUUGAAGAGAAGACAUCAGAAGACAAUGAAGAGGAAGUGGAAAGGGUUGAGGUUGAACAAGCCGAGGAUGAGAUAUUAUUAUAUCGUGAUGGAAAACGUGUAUUAGAAUGUUUACAAAAAUCACUUAGAGUAGCUGAUUCAUGUAUGGAUCCAUAUCUUUCACUUAAAUUAUUUAUUGAAAUUUUAGGGAGAUGUUUAAUAUUUAAUAUUUAUGGAAAUGGAUUAAUUGAUUCUAGAUAUAUUAAUGGAUUAAUUGAUUUGAUAAAGACGAAUAUUGAGAAUUUGAGAGAUGAUGAUGAUUCAAAAGUGAUUGAUGAGAAUAUUGGGGGGAACACAGGUGGUAGACCAUAUGGAGAUUUAAAUAAGAAUAGUGAGGAUGGGGGUGGUGACGAGGAUGGAAAAGAGGCAUUCUUAUUUAGACAGAGUCAAAGAUUGUUUAAUAGGACUUUAAGAUAUAUUACUGAACAACAAGAAAUUGAAAAUCGAUUUGAAGGUGUGAUUGUAUAG